AUGGCUGCGAAGAAGGCGAGUCUUUUCUCUGUUAUUCUGUUUAGGAAGCACGAAAGCGGAGUCCGCGUGUUUUUGGAGGAGUACUCUCUGGGGUCGUUCAAUUUCUUCAAGAGAACGCCCAUCCAGGAGAUGAUUGCCUUUAUUUCGAACCGGAUCGUGCAAAACACGGAGACAGAGAAGACGCAGGAGUUUGUGCACAAGGAGGGGGAGGGCGACAGCUACAAGUUCUUUGUGAAGGAGAAAAGGGGGUACGUAUAUGUGAUUUCGUGCCUCAUCGAGUACCCGAAUGCCACGCUCUGCCUGCUCAUAGACGACAUCGAGAAGCACAUGCAGGAGACGGGUGCGGGGGCUGCGGAGGAGCAGGAGAUACUCCCGGGGGGAAAGCCUGCAGAGAAAAAGAAGGAAAACACGUCCGGGCUGAAGUCUUUUGUGAAGCAGCAAAUGAAGGAGUACCAGAACUACGAGGAAAAAGACGUGAUGAUGCAGAUCCAGAGCGAGCUGGACGACGUGCACGACCUUCUGUCGAAGACGGUGGAAAGUGCGAUAGGGCGCGGGCAGAAGCUGCACGAUCUGAUAAAUUCGGCGGAGCAGCUCUCGUUUCAGACAAAGAGCCUCUACAGGCUGAGCAAGAAGCAGAACCAGAAGUGCUGCGGGUUAAUGUGA